AUGGGGGAACCGAUAGGGGGGAAAAAAUAUUGGAAAUUUCAAAAAAAACUAUCUAUUAUCUAUCUAUCUAUCUAUCUAUCUAUCUAUCUUCAUCUUUUUCUAUCUAAACCCCUUUAUCUAUCUAUCUAUCUAUCUAUCUAUCUUUUAUCUAUAUUUAUGUCUUCCUUAUCAUCUAUCUAUCUAUCUAUCUAUCUAUCUAUCUAUCUAUCUAUCUUUAUUCUUCGAUCAUCUAUCUUCAUCUAUCCGUUUUUCAAUCUAUCUCUGUUAUGUCAGUGUCUUCAUUCAUCUAUCUAUCAUCUAUCUAUCUAUCUUCUUCUAUCUAUCAUUAUCUAUCUAUCUAUCUAUCUAUCUAUCUGUGUCUUCGUAUCUAUUAUUAUCUACAUCUGCUUUCCCCUUUUUAUCUAUCUAUCUAUCUACCCUUCUAUCUAUCUAUCAUCUAUCAUCAUCUAUCUAUUUAGUACAUUUUCCCUUUGUAUCAUCUAUUAUCUAUCUAUCAAAUUUUAUUAUUAUCUAGCAUUUUCUUCAUUAUUAUCUAUCUUCUUCAUUUCUAUCUAUCUACCCUAUCUAUCUAUCUUCAGACUUUUCUUCUUUUUUUAA